GAUACAUAUGUAUGUUUAGUCAGUUGUUGAAAUAAAGUUGAAGACGUUGCGGACAAAGUGCAAAAGACAUUGUAUAAUAAAUACUCAAACGUUCGGAAUGGCUGUUGGGCGAGUAUUUCUGGAUGCGCUGCUUACGCUGCUGCAUAUAUUAAGCGAUCGUCUAUUGGAGUUCGUUUUGGGCUGGUAUCUCGGUCCGCACAAGCGUGUGGCAACUCCACUGAGUGUGGAUCAACAGGUUAUAUUGACCAAGAGUGCCGUUGACCUGGCACAACAAAUACGCGAACGUAAGCUGAAAAGUUACGACAUUGUGAAAGCCUACUGUGAACGCAUUGAGAUUGUGAAUCGUGAACUCAAUGCUGUGGUCGAUGGCCCAUUUGCCGAGGCACUGCAGCAGGCGCAGCAGAUCGACCAGAAGCUGGCUGCCAAUGAGUACAGCGUUGAACAAUUGGAUGCGCUACCCUUUUUGGGUGUGCCUUUCACCACCAAGGAUAGCACGUCGGUGGCGGGAAAGCUGCACACUUUGGGUCUGUUGGCACGCAAGGAUGUGCGCUCCCAGGAGGAUGCGGAGUGUGUGCGUUUGAUGAAGGCAAGUGGCGCCAUCAUCAUUGCAACCAGCAAUGUGCCCGAGGUGAACAAGUGGAUUGAGACGCGCAACAUGCUCAUCGGUUGCACCAACAAUCCCUAUGAUCUGCGACGCUCUGUGGGCGGCUCAUCGGGUGGCGAGGGCGCCCUAAUCACCGCCUGUUGUACGGGUUUUGGUCUUGGCACAGAUAUUGGCGGUUCCAUACGCAUACCCGCCUUCAAUUGUGGCGUUUUCGGUCAUAAGCCCAGCUUGGGUGCCAUUAAUAUGGCGGGUUGCACCUUUCGCACCGGCAAGGAAAAGGAGACGAUGGUGGCCGUCGGACCCAUGGCUCGUUAUGCCAGCGAUUUGCGGCCCAUAAUGAAGGUGCUGCUGGAACCGGGAGUGAAGAGCGUGCUCAACCUGGACAAGCAGGUGGAUAUGAAGCGAUUGCGUUACUUUUAUGUGUCCAACAAUGGAAUGCGUCAGUGCAACCCCAUUAAUCGGGAUACGGAGCGUGUCAUGUACAAAGUGCGCCAACAUUUUGAAUCUCUUAGCGGAAAGGAGGUGCGACUGGCUAAGGUGCCGGGUACCGAAUUGACGGGCAAAAUGUGGCGCUAUUGGAUGACACAAGAGCCGGCAAACUUUAACCAGAUGCUGGGCAAUGGUGUUGAGUUGAAUCCGUUUGUGGAGCUGUUUAAAAAGUUGCUGGGACAAAGCGAGUACAGCAUGGCGGCAAUUUACUCUCUGAUUGAUGGUGUCCUGCCCAAGGAGUCGGAGACACUGAUCCGUGCUGCCACCCUUAAGUGUAAGCAAUUUGUUCAGGAAUUACUGGGCGACGAUGGAGUCUUGUUCUUUCACAGCUCACCACGUACAGCGCCUUUCCAUUAUUAUCCACUGGUGAAGUUUAUGGACUUCAGCUACUUUAGUUUAUUUAAUGUGCUGCGUUUGCCGGCGACACAGGUGCCCAUGGGAUUAGAUGCGAAUGGCAUGCCUCUGGGCAUUCAGGUAGUCUCCAAUCACAACAAUGAUCGCCUCUGCCUGGCUGUGGCUGAGGAACUGGAGCGCGCCUUUGGUGGCUGGGUUCCGCCUUUCCCAUUAAAGAAGUAAACGGCUGUGGCGUAUAUUAAAAGUAAUGGAACAGGUGUGGGUACUUAAUAUAUAAGACUGGUCAUUGCAUGUUUGAUUAAACGAAAUACUCAACUAUUAAA